CUCCGCUCCCCCUUCCAGUCCGCGACGACUGGCUCUUGACCCCGUUCAGGCCUCGGUGAAGGAUUUUGGUUACUCCCUUUCCACCCCAUACCCUAAUUUUAUUCUUUUGAAGAGUCUUCAUUUCAAGCUGCCAAGGUGGAGAGUGUGAUUGCAGAAGGGAGUACUCUUCAUUUCAGGUGUGCCAUACCUGAGAGCACCAGGAAGUCGCAUGAGAGAUCACCUGAUACACGAACGUGUGAUGUUCCAUCUACGCAUUGAUGCAUAGGCAGCAUUUACAAAUUAACUGAUGUGUUGCUCUAUAUCAUCUCUUUGAUGAUUGCUCAUCUUCUGUGUAUCCUGUCAUAUAAUUUCAAUACAUCUGUGAUACUCAAUGUUUAUUCUAAAUUAACCAUGUUUUGUACCACAAACACAUUGCCUAUGGAUCUGUUGCUGAAACAAGGAAGCCUUAAACAGGAAGUAGAAUCUUUUUGUUAUCAAAUUGUGUCUGAAUCAAACGAUCAAAAGGUUGGAAUAUUACAAAGCGAGAAUGAACAGUUGCAACCUUCAGUGUCUAAAAAAUCAGAAGGUGAGCUUUCCAGGGUCAAAUUUAUGUCCAGUUCCAACAAAAUAACAACAUUUAGUAAGAAACCAAAAAGAAGAAAAUAUGAUGAAAGUUAUCUGUCUUUUGGAUUUACUUACUUUGGGAAUAGAGAUGCGCCUCAUGCUCAGUGUGUGUUAUGUAAGAAAAUUCUAUCAAAUAGUUCUUUGGCCCCUAGUAAGCUUCGAAGACAUUUGGAAACUAAACAUGCUGCCUAUAAAGACAAAGACAUAAGCUUUUUCAAGCAACAUCUUGAUUCACCUGAAAAUAAUAAACCUCCAACACCUAAAAUUGUCAAUACAGAUAAUGAAAGUGCUACAGAGGCAUCAUACAAUGUAAGUUACCAUAUAGCCCUGAGUGGAGAGGCUCAUACUAUUGGAGAAUUGCUUAUCAAGCCUUGUGCAAAAGACGUUGUGAUGCGGAUGUUUGACGAACAGUAUAGCAAAAAAAUAGAUGCAGUACAACUAUCAAAUAGUACUGUUGCACGUCGGAUUAAGGAUCUUGCUGCUGACAUUGAAGAAGAGCUUGUAUGUAGACUGAAAAUUUGUGAUGGGUUUUCACUGCAACUAGAUGAAUCAGCUGAUGUUUCAGGACUUGCAGUGCUGCUUGUGUUUGUUCGUUACAGGUUUAAUAAAUCUAUUGAGGAAGACCUACUCUUAUGUGAGUCUUUGCAAAGUAAUGCUACUGGUGAAGAAAUUUUCAACUGCAUCAACAGUUUUAUGCAGAAACAUGAAAUUGAAUGGGAAAAAUGUGUUGAUGUUUGUAGUGAUGCUUCUAGGGCAAUGGACGGGAAAAUUGCUGAGGCGGUCACCUUGAUAAAAUAUGUGGCUCCCGAAAGCACCAGUAGUCACUGCCUAUUAUAUAGACAUGCACUAGCAGUUAAAAUAAUGCCUACAUCUCUGAAAAAUGUGCUAGAUCAGGCAGUACAAAUCAUCAAUUACAUUAAAGCUCGGCCACAUCAGUCCAGGCUACUAAAAAUUUUAUGUGAGGAAAUGGGUGCCCAGCACACAGCACUUCUUCUGAAUACAGAGGUGAGGUGGCUUUCCCGAGGUAAAGUUCUUGUAAGACUUUUUGAGCUUCGUCGUGAGCUGUUGGUUUUCAUGGAUUCAGCUUUUCGACUGUCUGACUGUUUAACAAAUUCAUCUUGGCUGCUAAGACUUGCAUAUCUUGCAGAUAUUUUUACUAAAUUAAAUGAGGUUAAUCUAUCAAUGCAAGGAAAAAAUGUAACCGUUUUCACAGUAUUUGAUAAAAUGUCAUCAUUGUUAAGAAAAUUGGAAUUUUGGGCUUCAUCUGUAGAAGAAGAAAACUUUGAUUGUUUUCCUACACUCAGUGACUUUUUGACUGAAAUCAAUUCUACAGUUGAUAAAGAUAUUUGUAGUGCCAUUGUGCAGCACCUAAGGGGUUUGCGCUCUACUCUGUUAAAAUAUUUUCCUGUAACAAAUGACAAUAACACUUGGGUUAGAAAUCCGUUUACAGUAACUGUUAAACCAGCCUCAUUAGUAGCACGGGACUAUGAGAGCCUGAUUGAUUUAACAUCUGAUUCUCAAGUGAAACAAAAUUUUAGUGAACUUUCACUAAAUGAUUUUUGGAGUAGCCUAAUUCAAGAGUACCCAAGCAUUGCGAGGCGUGCAGUUCGUGUACUUCUUCCUUUUGCUACGAUGCACCUGUGUGAAACAGGAUUUUCAUAUUAUGCCGCAACAAAAACAAAAUACAGGAAAAGACUUGAUGCUGCACCACAUAUGCGGAUUCGACUUAGUAACAUUACACCUAAUAUUAAGCGGAUAUGUGAUAAAAAGACACAAAAACACUGUUCUCAUUGAAAUUAGAGGGUUUUGCAUGUCUCUUGAUAACCAAAUAUAAGAUGAAAAUAAAAGAUGAUUUCAUCUCCAGU